AUGGAGGGAGAGAGGAAGAACAACAACAAACGGUGGUAUUUUACUCGAGAACAGCUGGAAAAUAGUCCAUCUCGUCGUUUUGGCCUGGACCCAGAUAAAGAACUUUCUUAUCGCCAGCAGGCGGCCAAUCUGCUCCAGGACAUGGGGCAGCGUCUUAACGUCUCACAAUUGACUAUCAACACUGCUAUCGUAUACAUGCAUCGAUUCUACAUGAUUCAGUCCUUUACACAGUUCCAUCGAAAUUCUGUGGCUCCAGCGGCCUUAUUUCUAGCAGCUAAAGUAGAGGAGCAGCCAAAAAAAUUGGAACACGUCAUCAAAGUAGCACAUGCUUGCCUCCAUCCACAGGAAUCACUUCCUGAUACCAGGAGUGAGGCUUACCUGCAACAAGUUCAAGAUCUGGUGAUAUUAGAAAGCAUAAUUCUGCAGACUUUAGGCUUUGAGCUAACAAUUGAUCACCCACAUACACAUGUGGUAAAGUGCACUCAGCUUGUUAGAGCAAGCAAGGACUUAGCACAGACUUCUUACUUCAUGGCAACCAACAGCCUGCAUUUGACCACAUUUAGCCUGCAGUACACACCUCCUGUGGUGGCCUGUGUCUGCAUUCAUCUGGCUUGCAAGUGGUCCAACUGGGAGAUCCCAGUCUCAACUGAUGGGAAGCACUGGUGGGAGUAUGUUGACGCCACUGUGACCUUGGAACUUUUAGAUGAACUGACACAUGAAUUUCUACAGAUUCUGGAGAAAACCCCCAACAGGCUGAAACGAAUUCGGAAUUGGAGGGCAUGCCAGGCUGCCAAGAAAACAAAAGCAGAUGACCGAGGAACAGAUGAAAACACUUCAGAGCAGACAAUCCUCAAUAUGAUUUCCCAGAGCUCCUCCGACACAACUAUUGCAGGUUUAAUGAGCAUGUCAACUUCUUCUACCACAAGUACAGUGCCUUCCCUUCCAACCACUGAAGAGUCAUCCAGCAACUUGAGCGGUGUGGAGAUGUUGCAGGGCGAGCGUUGGCUGUCCUCCCAACCUCCUUUUAAACUAGAACCUGCUCAGGGCCAUCGGACUAGUGAGAAUCUAGCACUUAUAGGAGUUGAUCAUUCCUUGCAACAGGAUGGUUCGAAUGCAUUUAUUUCCCAGAAGCAGAAUAGUAGUAAGAGUGUGCCAUCAGCUAAAGUGUCACUGAAAGAAUACCGUGCAAAGCAUGCAGAAGAGUUGGCUGCCCAGAAGAGGCAACUGGAGAACAUGGAGGCCAACGUAAAGUCACAGUAUGCAUAUGCUGCCCAGAAUCUCCUAUCUCACCAUGAUAGCCAUUCUUCAGUUAUUCUGAAAAUGCCCAUAGAGGGUUCAGAAAACCCCGAGCGGCCUUUUCUGGAAAAGCCUGACAAAACAGCUCUCAAAAUGAGAAUCCCAGUUGCAAGUGGAGAUAAAGCUGCCUCUUCAAAACCAGAGGAGAUAAAAAUGCGCAUUAAAGUCCAUGCUGCACCUGACAAGCACAAUUCUAUAGAUGACAGUGUCACAAAGAGCCGAGAGCACAAAGAGAAGCACAAGACUCACCCAUCUAAUCAUCAUCAUCAUCAUAAUCACCACUCACACAAGCACUCUCACUCACAGCUUCCAGCUGGUACUGGGAACAAACGGCCAGGUGAUCCAAAACAUAGCAGUCAGACAAGCACCUUAGCACACAAAACCUAUAGCUUGUCUAGUUCUUUCUCCUCUUCCAGUUCUAGUCGUAAAAGGGGCCCCCCUGAAGAGACUGGAGGGGCACUUUUUGAUCAUCCAGCGAAGAUUGCCAAGAGUACUAAAUCCUCUUCCAUAAAUUUCUUCCCUCCUCUUCCUACAAUGGCCCAGUUGCCUGGGCAUAGCUCAGACACAAGUGGCCUUCCUUUUUCACAGCCCAGCUGUAAAACUCGAGUUCCUCAUAUGAAACUGGAUAAAGGCCCCACGGGGGCCAAUGGUCACAACACAACCCAGACGAUAGACUAUCAAGAUACUGUGAAUAUGCUUCACUCCCUUCUCCAUGCCCAGGGUGUUCAGCCCACUCAGCCCCCUGCAUUGGAAUUUGUUCAUUCUUACGGUGAAUAUCUGAAUCCACGGGCUGGUGGAAUGCCAUCCAGAUCUGGCAAUACAGACAAACCCAGGCUACCACCUCUACCAUCAGAACCUCCUCCGCCACUUCCACCCCUUCCUAAGU